CUAUAUUAUAAGCAAUAACAAAUUUCUUUGUUUACCAACACACACAUCAAAGCAUCCAAACAAUGUCCACUACAAAAAGGAGAAAAUCAGCCCAGGGAACAACACCACCGCGAACCCAUUCCUACGAACGGGACAACUGGAAGGAUAAAUUACGCCCACGUCCUGUGUGGAGCGCCCUUCCUCCAAAUGCUUUACGGGAGAUCUAUCUCCACUCGGCAUUUGAGGACAGGAUUUCAAUGGGCACAGUAAUGAUAUUUAUACAAUUUUAGGGCCUAGCUCGGUGCGGUUUUUUGGGGUCAUAAUUGUCUUGUUUGUUGUUGUUUUUUAAAGUUUAAUCACACAGUAUAUGAUAAGCCGGGUUUAUACAGAAUUGGGAUGAUGAUGAUCGAAGAUUUAAACAUCCCCCCCCCCUUUUUAAAGACAGACGAUAAGGACUCCGCCUGAUAUUCUUAUAUAAAGUGAUCAUGGGACUGGUGCCGGCCAUCCCAGAAGGCACGUACCUCACCCCACAGAAGCCGGGUAGACUGAUCAGAGCAAAACGCUCACUAAACACUGACUUCACAACUCACAUUCCCUUAAACAAUUACACCCGAAACAAUAGCAAAUGCUUCAAAGUGGCUCAGUGCAACGCAGUGCAGUUUCAACUAGCUUUCUUCCCACGCACAAUAUUAUCAUUGAACCACAUGGACGAUGCCACUGUGAACUCAACAUCGGUCGAAAGCUUCAAGGCUGACCUGGCAUCUGCUAGUAGCUUAGUAGCUGUUAGAAUAGCAACAUCAUACCCCCAACAGUUGCAAAGAUGUAAGUACAUGGAUGCAGCAACAAAACAUUACCAGAACCAGAACACUUUUUUAGCGCUUGUGUCCAGGCGAUUUUAACAUGCUCACAGUACUCCGAUGUCCUAAAAUCGUUUUAAAGGAAAAAAUAUGUUUCAAUUUCUCUCAAGGAUUAAGGCAAACUGUUCCAUAAUUCAGUCGCAAUAGCUUCAAAAUAGCGCACUCUGUUUGAUAUCUUUCUGUGUCCUUUCACAAUGGAAAACCUCAGAAAUGACUCUUUUUUUAAGUGCGCAGGUUCUGUAAGGAUACAUGUUUAGGAAUCAGUUUUUGAAGAUAUGCAGGUGCAUAUCCUUCUAUACAGCUAUUCGCCCACAGAGAGUCAUAUACACUACCUGCCGGUCUUAAAACAAUAGUCAGAUAUAAAGCCGUACACCUUACAUUCCUGUAUGUAAACAAUAGCCUUGCAGUCAACACUACACCCUUACUGCUGAAAUGUAUACACUAGUCCUAAUGACAAUCCUACACGAUACCUGCCGGCCUUUAAACAUUUUGUCAGAUAUACAGCUUUGCAUCUUACUUUCCGGUCUUUAAACAAUAGCCUUGCAGUCAACAAUACACCCUAACUGCCGAAAUGCAUACACUAGUCCUACUGACAGUCCUACACGCUACCUGGCGACUUUUAAACAGCAGUCAUGUUUUUUGUCCGUCAAAGUCGACUAGGACUAUCGUGUCAUCCAGUUAGAGGGGGAGUAUGGCUUAUGGAGAGCUCGUGGAUAGCUUGCUUGACCGAUUAUUACUUGGAAUAAUCUCUGGCACCGCUGGCAGGGGUUAGUUCCUGCAGUCGGUGAUCUACUAUUGCUCUUUCUGACGAGCCUACGUGUCUUAACUGUGGUUAUCCUACUGGCUUCAUGAUAUUUAGCCCUUUUCUUGACAGCUGCUCUCCAGCUGAAUCUGUCCUGGCUGUCUGUAACUAUGUCGUAGUAUUGAUGCUAAAGGCAUUUAUUUUGCACUUUCAGUGGGCCUUUAUAAACUUUUUUUUUUAACUCAUUUGGAGCGCUUCUCUAUCGUGAGAUCUCUGACGGCUUCUGAGGCAGCGUUGAGGGAAAAAUUAUCCGCAAACAGAAGCUCGUUGAUGUUGUUGUGUUUGAGCUUUAGUUUUAACUUAAAGCCUCCUAAGGUUGAAGACUGAUCCAUCAGUGCAAAAACGGAUUGAAAAGUCUUUGGUGGAGUCCUUGAACAGAUCAGACAGCAUUGCAUUAUACAUCAUACUGAAGAGUGUGGGAGCCAGAACACAGACCUGUUUCAUACCGUUUGUCACAGGGAAUGCUUUAGAUGACUGACUUUGGUUGUCUUGCACUCUGUUCAUCAUGCCAUCAUGCAGCUGACAGAUGAUAUUGGUGAACUUGUCUGGGCAUCCGUACUUUUUUGUGAUAUUCCACAGGCAUCUUCUAUUGACCAUGUCAAAAGCCUUAUUCAGGUCAAUAAUAUAGUUCCACGUUAUGCUCUUUACACUUCUAUUAAAGUUGCCUUGCAACAACUCCAUGUCGAUAGUUUCACGUGCUUUGCGGAAACCAUCUUGACUUUCAGGUUUGGGGACCAAACUCCAGAUGUGCAUGUAAGCAGUUCAUAAUGUUUUAGGCCUGGCGGUUUCCUUUGUGUUUGUACAAGUGGAAUAUUGAGGCAUCUUUGAGGUCUUUUGGAAAAUUUCGUCUACCAGAUGAUCUGGAAAAGAUGCAAUAGCUUAUUCAUUAGCAUUGUUCCACCCUAUUUUGCCAAUGGACAUUUAAUGGAUUGCUUUAUGUAUUUCGACCAAAUUUGGGACAGGGUCCAGUGACUUUUUUGUUGGGACCUGGGGCAGUAUGACAAUGGCCUCAUCAUUCAUGGUGAAAGGCGUUUUGAGCAAUUGAUGAAAGUAGUCUGCCUAUCUUUCCAGUGAUUUGUCCUUGUCUGUGAUUAAUGUAGAACCAUCUGCACUAAGAAGGCGGGAAGAGCCUGAGGUGGUAACUCCAUAAAUUUCUCUUAGGUCACAGUGGAAGUUUCUCAUGUUUUUCUUGUCAACAAACCCCUGAAUUUCCCCAGCUUUCGCACUCAGCUAGGAGUUUCGCAUCUCGCACAGUUGCAUCUGGAUGCUCCUCCAUGCAGCUGUCUUUGCUGUUGUACGCCGUCGUUCUUGCUCAAGUAGCAUUUGGAUCACUUUGUUGUUUUCAUCAAAUUAUGAUUCUUGGUAGAGCGUGCAAGGCGCUCAGUGGCUGUGCUUUACACCGAGUCACGAAGUUUCGUCAGCGCUGCUCCAACGUCCUCAUUGUCCUGUGUGAUGGAAGGAAGCCAUUAAUUCGGGUUGUCAACAAAGGUUUGUCUCACAUCAGGCAUUUUCAACUUGCUAAUGUUGAGGCGUUUUGGAGCUUUGGUGACCUGAGGUUGUCUCUUAGGUUGGAUGUGAAUUUUCAUCUUUGAUACAAUGAAGCGGUGAUCCGUCUAGCAUUCUGCGCUGCACAUGACCUUAGUCAUUCUCAAGACCUGCCAGUCCCGAUUCUGACGGUGAGGUAAUCUAUUAGGGGCCAGUGUUUUAAACGAGGUGCAUCCAGGAUGUAUUUUGAUAGCAAGUAGGCUUAAGAUUGAUUUGUUAUUAGAAAUCAUUGUUCAGCACGGGUCUGAAGUAGCAGCAUGCCUUUACAAAUAAUACUUCCCAAUUACUUCGCCCAUGCGGCGUAGUCACUGCUAACACGUGCAUUUUAAUACUCUAAGAAUGAAGACUUUAUCAGCAGUCGGUGUGGAGGAGAUGACAGUGUUCAGGUUUUCAUAAAACUUAUCUUUGGCCUCUUCUGUGUUUGUCACUGUGGGUGCAUAGGCGCUGACAAAAGUGACAGAUUUUAUUCCAUGGCAGAGGGGAAGUUUCAACGUCAUGAGACGUUAAUUGAUACAUUUUGUAGAGCUGGGAAGCUUGCUCACAAGGGAGGUUUUGAAAAAGCAAGGCCAACUCCAGCUUUUAGCCUUGCCUAAGGGUCGCGUUCCCUCCAGAAAAAAAGAAAGCCAGCAAGCCUAUUUUUUUGAGUUCACCUUUGCCAGAGAGUCUGGUUUCACUGAGGGCAGCGAUGUCAAUUUUGCAUCUGGCAAGUUCAGGGGCAAAAAUCGAUCGCCAAGCUUCAUUGAGGUCUGUUUGUAGCGUCCAUAUUAAGCAGUGUGCGGAAGUUCCAUGUGACAUUUUUAAGUGAAAUAGGUCGCGAAAAUUGGGUCUCCACCUAACUUGUUUAGCCAGCCAGGGUUUUAGAGAGGAAGGUGUGUUUUUAGCACGUAUUCUAGCUCCUGCUUCAUGCAUUUAGGAGUGUCUUCCAGUCGUCACACGACUUUGGGGUGAUUGGUGUUGGAUGACUGAUGACUUGCAUGGAUAACUUUGUUUAAAAGUUAGGAAGAGUACCGCAGCGUCAACCUCACUCUCUCAUCUGGACCCACCGUGUCUAGUGGCAAGACUGAUUCAAGAUGACCGGAGAUGGGUACCAAUGAAGUGGGUGACAAGAUAUUCUACGUGCUCUAUCUUGCUCUACCCACUCCAUGGUGCGUUGCUGUAAUCACCAUCUCCUCCGUUUAACCUAAAUAGUCUCCUCUGCAGGAUCCGUCGACGUCAAGGCUGCGCAUGUAGUCAGUAGGCAGUCCUAAAUCGCCGACGCGACGGUUUGUGGUCCAUGAGCUAUGCUCACCUGGUUUACUCGGCUAGUGGAAGCCGUUGCUCAGUGUAUGGCUGCUGUUGCAUGCUAGCAGCUGCGGGAUGCACAGGUAAACGUUGAAAGGACUAAGGCGUAUGAACUGCUCCUAGGAACACGUUUUUCCCCAUCCGGAAUACUACCUCUUCCUCUACACACCUUUAUAAAAAUGAAAAAAAAUACGAAUAUGCGUUGCAAAAAAUUCCGGCCAGAGUCUUUAGUAUAUUUUCCACUUGAAUGACUAUUUCAUAUAGUCAAACACUAGACGUAUAUAGAGUCUUACACCUUACUUCCGGUCUUUAAACAAUUGGCUGAGAGACAAUCCUACACACUACUUCUCGAAAUUUAAACAAUAGUCCUACUGAAAGUCCUACACCAUAAACGAGGCUCUUUAUGCAUUCAUAUUAUAUUAGCCCCGCCCUCUAAAGAAAAGGCAAAUCAACCAUAUUUAACAGGCGCUGGCUACGUGAUAAUCUUUUUGUUUACACAGUUGUAUUGAUAUAAAACAUGGGGAGUAGGAGGGGGAGAGUGACGGUGUCGAAGAACUCACAUAGUACUAUUGAUAUUGAUAUCAGAUGAAUAAAUGAAUGGAAAAAACAGGAGAAUGGAUCAAAUGUCAAUGGUCGAUGGAUGAGUGGAUGAGUGAAAAGAUGAUAUUAAUAUUUUAAUGAGUGAAAAUUUUAGGAGUAAUGUAUGGUUAUUUGGAUAUGUGCAUUGAUGAUUGAAUGAGUGAAACGAUAAGAGUAAUGUAUGGAUGAGUGGAUGAGUGAAAAGAUUUUAUUAACAUUUGCAUGAGUGAAAAGAUGAGAGUAAUGUAUGGAUGAGUGAAAAAAAAGAUGAGAGUAAUGUAUGGAUGAGUGAAAGAGUAAAAACAUGAGAUUGCUAAAUGGACGAGUAGAUGCGUGAAAAGAUGAGAAUAAUGUAUGGAGAAAUCUAAGGCUGUUCUUACAUGAAUAGAUAAUAUUUUUCUAAGAAAAAAAACAAAACAACCUUUCAAUAAAUGACGGCCCUGGGUAUAAUUUUUAUAUGGAUGGCGACGCAAAGACCUUUACAAUAAAUACCGGCCCUGGAUAUAUUUUUUAGAAGACCACGCCAAUUAAUUGAAUAUUUAUUUCCUUUGCUAAGGUGUGCAAAUCUUGGCGCCAAGGCUACCGUGACCCUGCACUGUGGCGAUCAAGGCUUUUUGAGUUUGGUGGAUGCACUUCGUAUGAAGAAUUAGAAUAUAACAUCUUUGUGGGUGCCAAACAGGAACUUACGUUCACAUCUGGUACAGUAAGACAUUUAAUACACAGUGGGUCAACUAGGACACUAUCAAUCCAAGUUAAACCAGUGGUUCUCAACCUUACCAAUGCCGCGACCCUUUAAAACUGUUACACAUAUUGUGAUGACCCCCAACCACAAAAUUAAUUUCGUUGCUACAUUGAAACUGUAGGAUAUAUGUGUUUUCCAAUUGUCUUAGUUGACCCCUGUGAAAUGAUUGUUGACCCCAAAUGAUGUCGCGACCCACAGUUUGAGAACCUCUGAGUUAUUAUGUCACAAUUUACUGCUGUAACAAAUACCAUAACGUUAAAAUGUAAGAAUGGUCGAAACCUACUGAGCCAGUACCUGGCGGUUGAAGGGAGUCUCUGACAAAGUGAAAGCUGUGAGCAUUGUCUUUUUUGGUGUUGGUGGCCAUAACUUGCACAGUUAUUUUAUAUUUUUAUUUUUAAUAAGUUAUUCUUCCUUCAAACACCACCGUACUUGGAUUGAUCCCUUACGUAUACUAUUAACAAUCCUAUUUUAUAAACUAUAAAUACAUCAGUAACACGUACAUAAAGGGAAACUGGAUAAUAUUUCGGCAACCAUUUUAUAUUUGCGUUCACUGGAAACAGCCUAUCGCGUUUCUUGUCCCACUUUAUGUCUCUUCGGUACCCCCUACGCCCCAUUACUUAACGACUCUAUCUUUUGGGUAUUACGCCACUUCGUAUGAGUCUCAAGUUUGUGGAAUAGAUAUUUUCAGUUUAUUUCUUAUCAGGAACAAAGGCAAAAGGCUUCGCAGAUCAGUUUUCAACUUGUUUGGAAGAUUUGGAAAUUCUUUUGAAGGAAAUGGAUACCCGUUCUGCCAAUGGAAUCCUCAGUGAAUUUUUAGAAUUUUAUUCCAGUCUGGAGGAAUCCCGUUUAAGAUCGCUAACUCUGUACAACCUCAACUUAAAGAGUCUGAAUGACGCAAUGCGAAAACGUUUUUUGAACAGCUUUAUUGAAGUUACCAGUGGUCAAAAGUUCUUAAAGGUAACAAAUUAUAUAAAAUCGUUUAAUCAAAGUUGCUGAUGAUAACGGAAUACAUGAGGUAUGGAAAAAAAAGGGGGGGGGGGGCAUUGGAAAAGAUUUUGGUAAACCUCUCUGGAAACAGAGAGGGGGUGGCAGGUUCUUUCAAAAGCAAACAGGUGUGAACGAGUUUGCAGACGUCUGCAAGCAUACAUUUCUCUUUUGCUACCCCGGUUUAAUAAAAGUUCUUAAAGGUAACAAAUUAUAUAAAAUCGUUUAAUCAAAGUUGCUGAUGAUAACGGAAUACAUGAGGUAUGGAAAAAAAAGGGGGGGGGGCAUUGGAAAAGAUUUUGGUACACCUCUCUGGAAACAGAGAGGGGGUGGCAGGUUCUUUCAAAAGCAGACAGGUGUGAACGAGUUUGCAGACGUCUGCAAGCAUACAUUUCUCUUUUGCUACCCCGUUUUAAAAUGUGUUAGGACGGGAAAAACAAUUUAAAAAAAAAAAAACGAGUCACAAUUAACAAGUGUUUCCUAUCUUGUGAAGUAUGCCUCACUAGGAGGGAAAGCUGUAGAUUAUAGGAGAAACUUCAGUCUCUAGGCCUGUGGCGUAUCCAAAGAUGUGAGAAAUUGGUUCGCUAUGAGCGGUACCUCCCACAACCACUUUUUUUCCCUUCUUCUUUUAUACAUAGGUGCGUCUCUGCUCCGGAACAUAGUAAAUACAUUAAAAUUAACCAACUUCGUUUUUUUUUUAUUUUUAAAACAUGAUGCAAUACAAUAAAUAAAAUGAAUUUUAAGUUUAAUCCCUCUAUUGUAAAUCCGAAAGCCUUCAAUGGCAGCACAAGUGAAAUUCAUUUUCUUAGCACAACGUGGAGCUCUAUUUCUGUCUCCUCUCAAUUUGGGGGAAAAAAGGGGGGGGGGGGGGGAGUGGGGGCGUUAACAUUUAUUCGUUGACAAAAUGGAGCGUGAAAAAACGAUGGGUAAGCAGUACCCUGUUAAAAAUGUGUUUGGUGUAAUACACCCAUUGCAGUGGUUUGGCUAGGGAUGGUGUCAAAGGUGUGGUUCGCACUGCUUCCCUUAGCAACGCCCCUGGCCCUAUGUUUCUCAAUCGCCGGUGUUUUGUUCAGUCAAACGAAAUACAUAUGUCACGUCCAGAAUAUGACUUACGGUGCACGUAAAUUUGUCAAUGCCCUAACUAAUCACUUUUGCGAAAUCUAUCAAGCGUAAAUACAAAGCAACAUUUUUAAGAUGAUGAAUGGAAAACAUUGCAGUGAUUUUUCAUUUAACACUUGAACCAAUUGUGGAUUAUCAUGGCGUUCAUACAAUAUAUUUUUAGACAAAAGUAGGGUGUGCUAGAGUCUAAGAGUUACAGGAUGGUUAUUCCAGAAUUUAUGCAAAACUGUAAGAAGUCUCUGCCGUCCGCUCUCCCACAACACUUGCAAUGGUCAAUGUUAUUGUAAAUCUCUUUAAUCAUUAACCCUUCCCCUCAUAUAAAAUCACAGGCGGAACUCAAUAUGUUAUUUCUUAUGCGGACAUUCACAAAAACAGUGUGGGUGCAGGAUUGGCUAGUCAGUCUGAUGCGGGCAUCCACAAAAACAGUGUAGGUGCAGGAUUGACUAGUCAGUCUGAUGAGGACAUCCACAAAAGCAGUGUGGGUGCAGGAUUGACUAGUCAGUCUGAUGAGGACAUCCACGAAAACUGUGUGGGUGCAGGAUUGACUAGUCAGUCUGAUUAGGACAUCCACGAAAACUGUGUAGGUGCAGGACUGGCUAGUCAGUCUUAUGUGGACAUCCCAAGAAAACUGUGUGGGCGUAGGAUUGGCUAGUUUGGCUUAUGUGGACAUCCACAAAAACAGUGUGGGUGCAGGAUUGGCUCGUCCGUCUGAUGCGGACAAUUGUCGACAAUGGUGGAGGUGUAAUUUAUGUGGUCAAUCUUUAUGAAAAACCCAAAAGAGGCUGACCGUCACGUUACUGUUGGUUGUUUGUUGUUGUAUAUAUAUUAUUUACGAGCACUAUGCUUCACGUACACUGGUUAAUUUUUUGAAAGAGUAUUAUGUUUAUAUUUUAUUGUGUUAAGGAUUAAUUUUCAGGACGGUUGAACUGGUUUUUAAUAUUUCAAUAAUUUAUUUCCUAUUCAUUUCCACGAGUCCUAUGCACAAUUUUAAUUCAAUAUUAAUUUUUUUUUUAGAAAUUUUCCAUGGAUUUCCCCAAUUUCGACAUAGAGAGUGGUCUACAAUUUCUCAAAUGUAUUGCUGAUUCAUGUGGAGAUACUAUUGAAACCCUAUACCUAAAGAGAUGUUUUGAAAUAGAAGUGUCUAUUUACCAGCAACAACACAUUGUCACAGCGUUAGAGGUUAUUGUCAGGUUACUUUAUAUUUACAUUGACUUUUGCUUUCAUUGUUUGUCCAUUAUUUACAUCUCCCAUGAAGACGGGGAAUGGUAUCGGCGCCCUAAUUGUAUCUUUUUAUUUCGUUUGUUCAAGAAUCCAUGAUCUCACAAUUAUAAAUGUAGCCUUAUAAAGUUUUAGUACAGCGCAUUGCGUCUCAAAUUAAAAUUCGAGUUUGAUGACCAGCAAAAGCUUUCUCCUAUUUUAGCAGGGACAGGUGGCCAAGUUCCAAUCUCAUUUUUUGUAAAUUUUCUCAAAAUGCUCAAUUCUUUAGAUUUUCAAACUUCCUUGUUUUUUUGUUUUUUUUUAGAAUCAUUUUCAGAAAUUCAAAAGUUUGUGUCGUAUUCACGUGGAAUACUUCAUUGUUUCCGAAGAGCUGAUCAUGCACUGGGCCCAGGGCUGCCCGAAUCUUUCGUUCAUUAAGUUUUGGGUUACCAGAAUUGCAUUACCAAGUAUGUGUAUAUAA